AUGGAUCCCUCUUCGCCCGAUAACUCUGCUGCUCACGCGUUGUUCGCGUUGAACUCGUCUGAGCUCGACAUGACAGUUUUCGACCCGCACGAAUUCGAUUUCCUUCCCAACAUUGGCCUCGAAACCGGCCCUGGAGGCCACAGCUUCUCGAGUCCGGGGCCGAUGCCAGCUGAGCGUGCUACACCGGCCCCUGCCCACCGAGGCCCGAGUGGUAGUGCCAUCCUGGCGAGGGUUACUAUGCUCGAGAGUCAGUUCAAUGGCCUCGCGCGGAGAGUCACCACAUGUGAGGAGGCCGAUGCUGUACGUGCCUUGCGAGUCAAAUGCUCCUCGGCAUUUGAAGCCAUCAGGAAGGAGGCCGAUGAGCGCCUGCAGAAGGCGGUGGCGAGCCUUGAGAAGAAGAUCGAGGAGGUCGGACGUGUGCGAACGCUUGCCGUGGAGGGAGCCGAGGAAGGAGCAAUGGAGGGGUCGGGUGACGAGGGAGAAGACGACGACGAGACGGGCGACCGUGCUGUUGCCGACGCGCAGGCAUAUCACAGCACGGAAAUCAAGUCGAUCACAAGGAUCGCCUUCGCACGAUUGAUGGACGUGCCAAAAUUGACUGUUGACUGCCUCCCUGAAUGGCCGGAGAACGAGGAUGACUGGCCACUUGGCGACACAGAUGAUGAGGGCGCUGAAGACGAAGAAGGAGGUGGCAAGGGGAAGGGAAAAGCAAACCCGAAGCGAUGCCUGUUGCGCUUUCGAUGGGACGAACCUUGGCAACAUCGCGACAACUGGCAGGGCAUCCGAAACAUUCAAAAAUGGAUCAAGGCGAGUGGCCCCGAGGUUAUGACCGAGGCGACGGCAUCUAUCAACACCAUCAGCCAUAAAUCCCUUGAGCUGCGCAUCACCGAGAAGUACCAGGCCCUCGCAAAGACCUGGCGACUUGGGAAGAAGUCGACGCCUUCAACGAAUACCAUUGUGUUGCCCAGCGACGCACCAGCCGGAGCAGAUGGAGCAGAUGAGGCGACCAGUGCGACAGAUGCAACAGCAGUGCUGCCGCCCAGUACUGCACGACCGGUGCUGAGCAAGUCGUCCCGCCAGAGUCGGGCGGGAGGGGUACGUGGGGCUGUCGCUUGA